AAUAUCAUCUCUCCGAAUAUCAGGUGAGCGACUAUUUGCAUUAUAGCAAAUUCAGUGGAGCUGAUUGGUUGAAAAAGCAAAUAAAUUAAACACUCAAAAUGAAGGCCUUUGUCAUUGGGUUUCUCGCGGCUGUAGCCAGGUAAGAGAUCAUAUAAUCCCUAAUCAAACUUGAAGAUGAGCCUCACAAGGCUAACGUUAAUGUAGCAUCGUCGGUGCCAGUCCUGUGGCCGAAGCGGAGCCCACAGAGCCAGAACCUUUUUGGCCGCACCCAACAAGAACGUUGAGCCCAAGCUCAUUGAGCUCUUCGACUUCGACAUCAUUUAUCAUCAGCAUCACUACACUGCCGGGCAACUCCCCCACUCCCUCUUUCGGUGCUUGCCCAACGGUGACGCAUACAACUCGGCCAAGCGAUUGUACUCCGAUGCUUUGCCCAGUACCUGGUUGCACGGAGCAAAAGGAGUUGAUUGUGCCAUGCGGCUGUUCGGGAGUCAAGACGGCUCUUUUUGUUGAUGGCUGCCAGACAGCUUGCCCUGCGGGAUGUAUAACCAGGCUUAUGACUCUCACCGCAGCUUGCGAUAGUCAGACUCCGGCUCCAGUGCCAGCUCCGACAGCGGUCUGACGAGAGAAAUCGGCUAAUUAGCCUAUGAUAGUUGGGAGGAAAUGGUCUUGUGUUCCAUUUACCAAAAGUUGUAUGUUCAUGCUUUUAGUCAACAGUAAUAAAUAAGCGAAUUCUAUUGCCUUUGCUUUUGAUGAUGAAUGAUAAUUGUGAGUCAAGUAUAAGUUGAAGUUGGGAAGUCCGC